CUGUGGAUGAUGACAGUGGAGAAAGCGAAAGUGAAAGUAACGAAGAAUACGAAGAGCUUACAAGGUUGCGUCAAAAGACGGUAAGUCACUCUAAUAUUCUUCUGCUUAGAAUUGUUGAUGCAUUGUACCUUGUCGUGAAUAGAUGGACUCAACCUGUCGGAUCGAAUUUUGGUGUAAUUUCUUUUCCAUACGUAUGAAGAAACUUGCUGCUGCCGCUGCCGCAAUGCCUUCUUCAAAAGCAGCGAGUGCACAUCGCCGAAAUAAUAACGCCGAAAGUGAAAGUGAUGAUCAAGAUGACAUCGAUUACAAGGAUGCCCCUGGAUUCGAUAGAGUUGACAUUGGAGAAGGCAUCAAAAUACGCUCCGGCGGAAACCCCAGAUCACUCGAUGAGAGUGAUGACGAAGAUGAUCGGAGUGGUUCUUGCAAAGAUGCAGGUGAUUCUGGAUAUCAUAAACAUCAUAAGGAUGUUAACCACGGUGAAUCUGAUUGGGAGGUCGACAAGCCUUCUGUUGAUAGAGAAGAGAAAGCACGGGCCGCAGCGAGGUUGAAUGCUCUGAAGCGAAAUGCGAGCACAUCCAAGGAUCAAGGAAAAGACGACGGCGACUGGGUUCAAUCAAAGUACAACCCAGACGAUCGAUUUAUGAUAAACAUCACGAAGGAAGAGAACGUCGAUCUUGGAAUAGAAAUAGUGGAAUUUAAGGUGGGGAAAGGGAAGUUCAGUAGAAAUGAACUUUACGUCACCAAGGUAGAUCAGGGUCCUUUCCGCAAGACAGGUACGCGAGGCAAUCACUUAUUUCGUUUCUGUUUAUUUGUAACUAGUAUCCAUGACAGUAUCCUAAAUGAUCAUAUUUUUCUCUUGAUCCAUGACAAAAAAAUAAUUCGAACUCUACGAUGGAAAAAAUCGAAGCAGCAUUGGAUCGAGGCGACAAAAUUCUUUCUGUCAACGCGAAGAAAGUACCAGACAAAAUUAAAUCAGCAGAGGAUGCCAUGGAUCUGCUUCGUUCGAAGGCUAAAAUUGCCAUGUUGAUUCUCCGUCCGUCCCGAUCAGAUAAGGGUUAUAAAUGGGUCAUGGAGAAUACAUGAUACGAACCAAUUGAUUGAUUUAUGCGUGCAAAUCCGUGAGAACGCUUCACAUCCCC